AGGCGGCUGCAGUUUUGGGCGCCGGUCUCCCGGUCGCUCUCUUCUUCCAGCCUGGCUGGUGGUCUGUGGGUCCGGGCCUCCUCCACGUCUUGGCCUCCACGUCUGUGGCCUCCACGUCUGUGGCCAGUUCCUCGAGCCGCCGGCCAGUCCCGCCGCUCGCAUGGCCGCCAUCAAAGCCCUGCAAGAAUGGUGCCGGCAGCAAUGCGAGGGCUACCGGGACGUGAGCAUCACCAACAUGACCACCUCGUUCCGCGAUGGCCUGGCCUUCUGCGCUAUCCUGCACCGACACCGGCCCGACCUUAUAAACUUCAGUGCCCUCCGGAAGGAAAACAUUUACGAGAACAACAAGCUGGCCUUUCAGGUGGCUGAGGAACAGUUGGGCAUCCCUGCCCUGCUAGAGGCCGAGGACAUGGUGGCCUUGAAGGUUCCAGACCGGCUGAGCAUCCUCACCUACGUGUCUCAGUAUUACAACUACUUCCACGGCCGCUCCCCAAUUGGAGGCAUGGCUGGUAUGAAGAGACCCUCAUCAGACACAACUGAAGAACUCUCUGGAAAGAAGGUUCCGGCCCAGCCUGCCAAGUUGCCCUCACCUGCUCCAAUGCAGAGGUCACCGCUGUCUCCAGCGAGGACAAACCCGGUGGUUCAGAGGAAUGACGGUGGCUCGGAGAGGCCAUCCCCAAAGGCUGCUCUGGGGACGGCGGGCAGCUCUGUCAGCAGCAGCUGUGGGGUCUGCGGCAAGCACGUUCACCUCGUGCAGCGGCACCUGGCUGAUGGCCGGCUCUACCACCGGAGCUGCUUCAGGUGUAGACGGUGUUCCAACACGCUGCACUCAGGGGCCUACCGUGCCACGGGAGAGCCGGGGGUCUUUGUCUGCUCUCAUCACGGCCUGGAAGUCACCUCUGCGAGCCCCAAGUUGUCAAGCCUGGCCUCAAGGCAGCCAGGGGUUUCUGCUGCAGACAACAAGCCGACCGGCGUCUCACGGAGGGUUCAGGAGGCAAACGGAGAGGUGACCUCGCUGAGGGCCAGGGCAGCAGCCUGGGAACCCGCUGUAGGCAACAGGACUGCCAAAGGUUUUGUCGGAAAUGAUCCUGACCCUCCAGCUACCUCCCAAGUCCGUGUGGGGAGCCCUGCAGGGCCCAGGCUGCCCACGAGCCUGGUGGCCACUACUUCUGUGAAUAGCAAGGCCAUCACCCGUGUGACUAACAGCUCCGCAACACAAUGGUCGCCACCUGCCCAGAGCAGCACAGUGACCGCCAGCUCCCGUCCUGUUGUGUCCCCAAGUGCUCUGGACUCUAAACCAUCUGUACCCCAAGGCCACACGGCUUCAAAAGGUGUUAAGACGCAACUCAACUCCAGCACAGAAUCUCCAAGCACAGCAGCCACCACAGCCUGGACCCCCUCAGCCUCUAGGACCCAGCAGGCCCGAGAGAAAUUUUUCCAGAACCGUUCCCCGGGCCCAACCCCAGCCAGCAGCAGUCCUGCCGGCAGGGCCCCCGCUGUGGUGACUGCCCCCGCUGGCGGGGUCCCCGCUGUGGUGACUGCCCCCGCUGGCGGGGUCCCCACUGCGGUGACUGCCCCUGCUGGCAGGGCCCCCCAUGUGGUGACUUCCCCCACCAGCAGGGUCCUCACUGUGGUGAGUGCUGCUGAUGGCAGAAUGUCCACUGUGGUGACUGCCCCCGCUGGCGGGGUCCCCACUGCAGUGACUGCCCCCGCUGGCAGGGUUCCCACUGCGGUGAAUGUCCCCACUGGUAGGGUCCCCACCACAGUGAAAGCCUCUGCCAGCGCAGCUUCUGCUGUUGUGGAUUCCCCUGUCCAGGAAAGCAGCCGGGAGCAAGCACUCAGUGUCCUCAGGAAGGCCCUGCCGGGGCUGACAGGAGCUGCUACCCAGGCUCCCAGGAGGUCCUCCCCAGCCACUUCCUCUGUCUCAGGCACCCUUCCCAAGAACGAAGUGCCUCCAAACGCCCCCUCAGCCAAGCUGCCACAUUCAGCCACCCCCCAGGCCCUCGGCUCCACUUCAAAGAUGGAGACUACGGCCCCUCCGAGUGUGGGCAAUUCUCCAUGGGCAUCUGUCUCACUCCAAGCCGGCAAAAAGAGCCAGGGUAUAGCUCCAGGGGUUCCCAGGACUGAUGCUGGCUCAAGGUCACAAGCAGAGGUGGCAGCAGUAAAGGGUCCAGGCUCCACCUCUCAGGGAGGCCAGGAGGAGGGGCCGGAAGCAUGGAGGGCUCGCCUGAAGCCUGUGGAUAAGAGAAGCCCAGCUGGGAGGGCUCUGGAGCAAAAAGAGCCAAGGACAGGGGACACUCCCAGAAAAGUCUCCAGCAGCUGUGACUCCAGCGUCCACAUCACCUUGACUACUAUUCAGAGCAUGGGGUCACCACGCCCUGCUGGUUCCAGGCCCAGCCUUCCAGCAGCCUCCUCUCCUUCUCUGGCACACCGCAAGAAACUAGCUGUUCCUCCCAGUCUUGAUGUUUCUGCUGAUUGGCUCCAGCCAGAGCCCAAGAAGCAGGAAGGUCAGACCAGGAACUGGAAAGAGGAGGAGAAGGCACCCACCUGGGGGACAGGAGAGAAGCCUGCAAUCCCAGACAGUAGCCUCGCUGCUCCCGGUGAGGCUGUGACCUCCCCAGUCAGGCUGCACCCCAGCUACAUCCCCCAGGAGGAGCUGCAGAGGCAGCUGCAGGACAUUGAGCGUGAGCUGGAUGCCCUGGAGCGCAGGGGUGUGGCGCUGGAGAAGAAGCUGCGGGCAGCUGAGGGAGACGCUGCCGAGGAUGCCCUCAUGGUGGACUGGUUCCGGCUUAUUCACGAGAAGCAGCUGCUGCUGCGGCUCGAAUCGGAACUCAUGUAUAAGUCCAAGGACCAGCGCCUGGAGGAACAGCAGCUGGACCUCCAGGGCGAGCUUCGCAGGCUGAUGGAGAAGCCGGAGGAUCUGAAAUCUCCUCGGGACCGCCAGCGGGAGCAGGAGCUGCUGAAUCAGUACGUGAACACCGUGAAUGACCGCAGCGACAUCGUUGACUUCCUGGAUGAGGACCGGCUCCGGGAACAAGAGGAGGAUCAAAUGCUGGAGAGUAUGAUCCAGAACCUGGGCCUCCAGAGGAAGAAGUCCAAGUUCCGACUUUCCAACAUCUGGGCCUCGAAGAACAAAAGUGGGCAGGCGUGAGCUGCACAUCUCCGGCCUUUCUCAGGAAGAGACUGGUGCUGUGGCCCCAGACAGGAGGAUGCUUGGGGUACCAGGGCCCGUGCCUCGAACUCUGGGGCCUUGUAACCUCAAUAAAGACAUUGACGUUCCCA